AUGGCAAUCUACACGCUGUCCGACUUGCACGCCCGCACCCAGCAGAGGGCCUCGUCCAUCCCGCGCCAGUAUCACCGCAUCGCCCAGGCAGAGCGCCGCGACCACGGCUUCUCGGUUGCCGAUGCGGCUCACUUGAAGCUCCAGCUGCAGGCGCUCGACAAGGCCCUGCCCGGCCUCUCUCCGGCGCAGCCCAGCGUGCGUGAUAUCACGAGCUUCUCCGACACGGCUUGCACGCAAUCUGCUCGCGGCGCCUCCCUCUAUAUCGCUGGGUCUGAGGAGUUCUUUCUGGUGGUGAAACGUGUCGCGCGGCCGGACCUCAUUCCCCAUGUCUACGCGCAGGCGUGCGAGGCCAUGGUGCGCGGCAGGCCUUAUGUCAACCGAUACGCCGUGUCAGACUUCAACAAGGGCGUCGACCCAACCUUUUCCGACAUCCGCCGCCUGCUGCCAGACAUUGACCGCGUGUGCGACACGCAGCUCGACGGCGCCGUGCGCAGGCUCGAGGCCAAAGGCAAGCAAGCUACCGCUCCCGCUCCAGCUCCACCACUCCGCCCUUUUCCCUUUCUGCGUCUGCCUGCCGAGCUCCGACUGCAUGUCUAUUCCCAUCUUCUGCCCAGCAACCCCAAGAUGACGCUGCCGCCUCGCCACCACGAAACUACGCGUCCGCGCCUUGCCCUCAUGCAGGCCAACCGGCAGAUGCACCAUGAAGUCCGAAAGUAUCUCUAUGAGCGCGUGACUUUGUGUAUGCCGGCUGUCUUCCGUCCGGAUAGCAUGCAGCUAUUCGAUGACACCGUCUCAGCUGCCUAUGAGACUAUAGUGGGCAUGGACCCUGAUAGCCUCCGCUUCUUCAAACGCCUCUGCAUGACUAUAGCCAGCUCCAGUGGUGCAAAUCGUCUUGGUAACCAAUCUGGUCAGCCCUCAAUCGCAAUGCGCCACAUUUUCAACACGCUUACGGGGCUCGAGAGGCUGGACAUCACAUUCGACACCUCGGCCCACGUAUCCAUGUCUGCACAACACGGACAGGACACUCAGCAAAAAUAUAUCGACGAGAUGAAGAAGCGGCUCAUUGACGACAUCCCUCCGUCACUAGCGGUAUCCUGGCCUCAUGCAGAUGCGGCGAGGUUCUUUUCCAGUACUGCUGUGGCACAACGCUUGUGGAGCGCUAUACAGGAGGCAAGGUCCAACAGCACAUUGACUUGAGCUCUCGCCCAUAUGCUCCAUGUGCAAAAUCAUGUGACGACUUGAGAACUAGCCACGUGAGCAGCAAGGGCCAACACUCUUGUAUUCUGCCAAGAUGACGUUUGUGCCCUACAAAGCAGUUUUUUUUUAUUGAUGAGUGUGGUCUUUUUGUUGCCCUGCCGCAGAGUGUUUGCUCGC